AUACCCCGAGGUUUCCCCACCAUUGAUAUGGGUCCACAGCUGAAGGUGGUUGAACGAACUCGUACAGCUACUAUGCUAUGUGCAGCCAGUGGCAAUCCUGAUCCCGAAAUAACUUGGUUCAAAGAUUUCCUACCUGUUGAUACAAGCAACAACAACGGCCGCAUCAAGCAGUUAAGAUCAGGUGCCCUCCAAAUUGAACUCAGUGAAGAAUCUGACCAAGGCAAAUAUGAAUGUGUUGCAACCAACAGUGCGGGUACACGCUAUUCUGCCCCUGCCAAUCUAUAUGUCAGAGUUCGACGGGUCCCACCGAGGUUCUCUAUCCCUCCUACCAAUCAUGAGAUCAUGCCAGGCGGGAGUGUAAAUAUCACCUGUGUUGCGGUGGGAUCGCCAAUGCCGUAUGUGAAGUGGAUGCUAGGAGCUGAAGACUUGACACCUGAGGAUGAUAUGCCCAUAGGGAGGAACGUCCUAGAGCUCAAUGAUGUCAGACAGUCUGCAAACUAUACUUGUGUUGCUAUGUCUACCCUUGGUGUUAUAGAAGCAAUAGCACAGAUAACUGUCAAAGCCUUACCCAAACCUCCUGGAACUCCUGUGGUGACAGAAAGCACAGCAACUAGUAUAACCUUGACUUGGGAUUCUGGAAACCCUGAGCCAGUCUCUUACUACAUAAUCCAACACAAACCCAAAAACUCUGAGGAGCCAUAUAAAGAAAUUGAUGGAGUGGCCACAACGCGCUACAGCGUGGCUGGCCUAAGCCCGUAUUCAGAGUAUGAAUUCCGGGUAGUUGCUGUCAAUAACAUUGGGCGAGGUCCUCCCAGUGAGCCUGUGUCGACCAGGACCUCCGAGCAAGCACCUUCAAGUGCACCACGUAAUGUGCAAGCCCGUAUGCUGAGCUCUACCACCAUUCUGGUGCAGUGGGAAGAACCCGAGGAGCCUAACGGACAAAUACAAGGUUACCGCGUUUAUUACACCAUGGAUCCCACACAACAUGUCAACAGUUGGACCAAGCACAAUGUGGCCGACAGCCACAUUACCACUAUUGGGAACCUAGUGCCACAGAAAACAUACUCCGUGAAGGUUCUUGCCUUUACUUCUGUUGGGGAUGGACCACUUUCUAGUGAUAUUCAAGUCAUCACUCAAACAGGAGUGCCUGGCCAGCCAUUGAAUUUUAAAGCAGAACCUGAGUCUGAAACAAGUAUAUUACUUUCUUGGACACCUCCACGCUCUGAUACUAUUUCCAGCUAUGAACUGGUUUACAAAGAUGGGGAGCACGGGGAAGAGCAACGUGUUUCCACUGAGCCUACUACAUCUUAUCGCCUACAAGGACUGAAGCCAAACAGCUUGUACUUAUUCCGCCUAGCUGCCCGUUCUCCACAAGGCCUGGGUGCUUCUACAGCAGAAAUCUCAGCCAGAACCAUGCAGUCAAAGCCAUCAGCUCCUCCUCAAGACAUUAGUUGCACAAGCCCCAGCUCCACUAGCAUUUUGGUAAGUUGGAAACCUCCACCAGUGGAAAAGCAGAACGGCAUUAUCACUGAAUACUCCAUCAAGUACAUUGGGAUUGAUGGAGAAGAUGUCAAGCCCCAUGAAAUUUUGGGAAUUUCCUCGGACAGUACCCAAUACCUUUUGGAGCAGCUGGAAAAAUGGACUGAGUACCGGAUAUCUGUGACUGCCCACACUGAUGUUGGACCUGGCCCAGAGAGCUUAGCAGUAUUGAUUCGGACAGAUGAAGAUGUUCCUAGUGGUCCUCCUCGCAAAGUCGAGGUAGAGGCUGUCAACUCUACUGCUGUUAAAGUGUCAUGGCGCUCACCUGUACCCAAUAAGCAGCAUGGUCAGAUCCGAGGAUACCAGGUCCACUAUGUGAGGAUGGAAAAUGGAGAGCCAAAGGGUCAACCCAUGCUGAAGGACAUCAUGCUGGCUGAUGCACAGUGGGAAUAUGAUGAUACUACUGAACAUGAAAUGAUAAUUUCUGGCCUUCAACCUGAAACUACAUACUCCCUCACUGUGACAGCCUAUACAACAAAAGGUGAUGGAGCCCGCAGCAAGCCCAAACUUGUGUCUACUACUGGUGCAGUUCCAGGCAAACCUCGUCUCGUGAUUAGCCACACGCAGAUGAACACGGCUCUCAUUCAGUGGCACCCUCCUGUCGAAACCUUUGGCCCACUGCAGGGUUAUCGCCUGAAGUUUGGCCGCAAGGACAUGGAUACCUUCACAACCAUGGAGUUCUCAGAGAAGGAAGACCACUUCACAGCCACAGAUAUUCACAAGGGAGCUUCUUACGUCUUCAGGCUUUCGGCUAGAAAUAAAGUGGGCUUUGGGGAGGAGAUGGUUAAAGAGAUCUCUGUUCCUGAAGAGGUACCCAGUGGAUUUCCCCAAAACCUCCACUCGGAGAGCUCCACUUCUACGUCAGUUCAAUUAACUUGGCAGAUGCCAGUCUUGGCAGAGAGAAAUGGCAUUAUCACCAAAUAUACCAUCCUGUACAGAGAUAUCAAUGUCGCUUACCAGCCAGUUGAGCUCCCCGUUGUUCCUGCUGAUACCACUAUGACACUUACUGGCUUAAAACCAGAUACCACAUAUGAUGUAAAAGUACGUGCCCAUACAAGCAAAGGGCCUGGUCCGUAUAGUCCAAGUGUCCAGUUCAGGACACUACCUGUGGAUCAAGUGUUUGCAAAAAAUUUUCACGUUAAAGCAGUAAUGAAGACUUCAGUUCUGCUGUCUUGGGAAAUUCCUGAAAAUUACAAUUCUGCUUUACCGUUCAAAAUACUCUACGAUGAUGGGAAAAUGGUGGUAGAGGUUGACGGACGUGCUACUCAAAAGCUGAUCACUAACUUGAAGCCAGAAACAUCCUACUCAUUUGUGCUGACAAACAGAGGAAAUAGUGCUGGAGGUCUUCAGCACAGAGUGACAGCAAAGACUGCUCCUGAUGUACUGCGCACCAAGCCAGUCUUCAUUGGAAAAACCAACUUGGAUGGCAUGAUAACUGUGGAACUUCCAGAAGUACCUACAAAUGAGAAUAUAAAGGGUUAUUACAUUGUUAUUGUGCCUUUGAAGAGGUCUCGUGGAAAGUUUAUCAAACCGUGGGAAAGCCCAGAUGAAAUGGAACUAGAUGAGUUGCUUAAAGAGAUAUCUAGGAAACGCAGAAGCAUUCGUCUUGCGAGAGAAGUUGAAUUAAAGCCAUAUAUUGCAGCUCACUUUGAUGUUCUUCCUACGGAGUUCACAUUGGGGGAUAAAAAGCAUUAUGGUGGCUUUGAGAAUAAGCAACUCCAGAGUGGUCAAGAAUAUGUCUUCUUUGUGUUGGCUGUAAUGGAGCACUCGGAAUCUACUAUGUAUGCAACCAGCCCAUAUUCUGAUCCUGUUGUGUCAAUGGAUCUCGAUCCCCAACCAAUUACAGAUGAGGAAGAAGGCUUGAUUUGGGUUGUAGGACCAGUUCUUGCGGUGGUGUUUAUCAUCUGUAUUGUUAUUGCUAUACUUCUUUAUAAAAGUAAACCAGACAGGAAAAGGGCUGAAUCUGACUCUAGAAAGAGCAGCAUACCCAACAGCAAGGAGGUGCCCUCUCACCAUCCAACAGACCCAGUGGAGCUGCGACGCCUUAAUUUUCAAACGCCAGCUUUGAGCAGUAAUUCAGUCCCCUACGCCUCCCUGAUUGGCUCUGUGUCCUCCCUCUCUAGCCAAACUACCACUCAGUCCUUAUAUGAUAAUAACUCUCUCCCACGAUUCGCUCGAAAAGGUAUGGCAAGUCAUCCUCCAAUACCUAUAUUGGAACUUGCAGAUCAUAUUGAAAGAUUGAAAGCAAAUGACAAUUUGAAGUUCUCACAGGAAUAUGAGUCUAUCGAUCCUGGUCAGCAGUUCACAUGGGAACACUCUAACCUGGAAGUAAACAAACCAAAGAAUAGAUACGCGAAUGUAAUUGCAUAUGACCAUUCUCGUGUUCUACUCUCAGCAAUAGAAGGCAUCCCCGGCAGCGACUACAUCAACGCCAACUACAUUGAUGGCUACAGAAAGCAGAAUGCAUAUAUUGCCACACAAGGGGCACUGCCCGAAACCUUUGGAGACUUCUGGAGAAUGAUGUGGGAGCAGCGGGGCGCCACGGUUGUCAUGAUGACCAAGCUGGAGGAAAGGUCCAGGGUGAAGUGUGAUCAGUAUUGGCCAAGCAGAGGCACAGAAACUUACGGGCUAAUCCAAGUGACUCUCUUAGACACUGUUGAAUUGGCGACAUACUGCGUUCGUACAUUUGCACUUUACAAGAAUGGCUCAAGUGAGAAAAGGGAAGUGAGGCAAUUCCAGUUCACUGCCUGGCCUGACCAUGGUGUUCCCGAACACCCUACACCAUUCUUAGCUUUCCUGAGGCGAGUCAAAACCUGUAACCCACCUGAUGCUGGACCCAUGGUUGUACAUUGCAGCGCUGGGGUCGGCAGGACUGGCUGUUUCAUUGUGAUAGAUGCCAUGUUGGAGAGAAUAAAGCAUGAAAAGACUGUAGAUAUUUAUGGCCACGUAACUCUAAUGAGAGCGCAGAGGAAUUACAUGGUUCAAACGGAGGACCAAUACAUCUUUAUCCAUGAUGCACUGUUGGAAGCAGUGACAUGUGGAAAUACCGAAGUGCCAGCCAGAAACCUGUAUGCAUAUAUUCAGAAGCUGACACAGAUUGAAACRGGAGAGAAUGUCACAGGGAUGGAACUGGAAUUUAAGCGUCUAGCUAGUUCUAAAGCUCACACUUCAAGAUUCAUCAGUGCCAAUCUUCCCUGUAAUAAAUUCAAAAAUCGCCUUGUCAAUAUUAUGCCAUAUGAGUCUACAAGAGUUUGCUUGCAGCCAAUCCGCGGAGUAGAAGGCUCUGAUUACAUAAACGCCAGUUUUAUUGAUGGAUACAGACAGCAGAAGGCUUACAUAGCUACACAGGGACCUUUGGCAGAAACAACUGAAGAUUUCUGGAGAAUGCUCUGGGAGCAUAAUUCUACCAUUGUAGUCAUGCUUACUAAGCUACGAGAAAUGGGCAGAGAGAAAUGCCACCAGUAUUGGCCUGCAGAGCGGUCAGCCAGAUACCAGUAUUUUGUCGUAGAUCCAAUGGCAGAGUACAACAUGCCACAGUAUAUUCUAAGAGAAUUCAAGGUUACAGAUGCAAGGGAUGGCCAGUCCCGUACAGUGAGGCAGUUCCAGUUCACUGACUGGCCAGAGCAAGGAGUGCCAAAGUCUGGAGAAGGAUUUAUUGACUUCAUAGGCCAAGUGCAUAAAACAAAAGAGCAGUUUGGUCAGGAUGGACCAAUCUCUGUUCAUUGUAGUGCGGGUGUUGGACGAACUGGAGUAUUCAUAACUCUGAGCAUUGUGUUGGAAAGAAUGAGAUAUGAAGGUGUUGUCGAUAUCUUCCAGACUGUCAAAAUGUUAAGGACACAACGGCCAGCCAUGGUACAGACAGAGGAUCAAUACCAGUUCUGCUAUCGAGCCGCACUAGAAUAUCUGGGCAGCUUUGAUCACUAUGCAACGUAAAAACCCACCGUGGAUUUUUAUUGCAGGCCCUUUAAGAUCCAGAGAGCCGCUUCUGAGCCAUACGGUGUGCUUUAGAAAAUACUUCUUAACUCUUAGCUAAGGAGCAAUUAUUGGGGAUAUAUAAAACAAACAAAAAU